AGCAUCGAGGCUCAAGCCUCUGCGCCGCCCGCUGCGCGCGCAGAGCUCUCCCGGGUGGUCGUUCCUCAGUUGGGGCGAGACACGGGAGGGGGUGGCCGGCUGCCUCGGCUCCGCCCUCUUCUGCGCCCACGACGUCAUCCCAUGGGCCGCCCGCCGCCUGAGGUACAGGACGGCUCUGCAAGGGGUCGCGCGGCGAUCUUGCGGAACCUGCGCGUCAUCGGCCGGAGGUGCCGCGCGAGGGGACGGUUCGCGGACGCCUCCACGCUGGGGCCGCUGCUGUACGUGGAAGACCUGGCGGCGGCGGUCUCGGAGCACCUGCAGUCGCACGAGGCGUGUGCCCUGCGGGCCACCGCGCGCGCGGUCAGGCAGGGCGCAUGGGGCUCGAAGCUUCGCUCCUACGUCUACGCCUUCGGCGGCGAGUGCGCCGACACUGGCCACACGGAGCGCCUGCGCCCGGAGACGGGCGCGUGGGAGGCGCUGCCGCCGAUGGGUCAGGGCCGCAUGUGGGCGACCGGGGUGGCGAUGCAGGGGUGCCUGUUCGUGUGUGGGGGCUCCCACGGGCUUGGCCCAGUAGACCUGGUCGAGUGCUUCAGCCCGCGCCGCGGCUGCUGGUCGACGCUGCCGCCGAUGAAGAGCCGCCGGGCGUGGGCCUCUGGCGGCGCCAUCGGGGGCUGCCUCUACAUCUGCGGCGGCCGAGACCUCAACAGGUGCCACUCCUCCGCGGAGUGCUUCAAUCCAGAGGUCGGCGAGUGGGAGGCGGUCGGGAACAUGCGGUGCGCGCGCUACGGCGCAGCUGGCGCCGUGGUCUCUGGGCGGCUAUACGUCUGCGGAGGCUUCGCGACUCCGAGGCACCUCGCCCCGAACCCCGAGGGCCCCGAGACGAGCGCGAAGCAGUUCUGGGGCAUCGACUCGGUCGAGCGCUUCGACGCGGAGGUGCGGGACUGGGCCGAGAUGCCUCCGAUGCGGCACCGGCGCGGCUGGUCUGUCGCAGCGGCGGCACUCGGCCACGUGUACAUGUGCGGGGGCCGCAAUGAGGACCAGGGGGAUGGGGUGCUCAGCUCCGUGGAGCGCUUCAUGCCCGAGCUUGCUCCGUGGGAGACGCUACCAUCCAUGGGCAAAGGGCGCCACGCGGCCAUCGGUGCCGUGGUGGGUGGUCGGAUCUACGUCUUGGGGGGCCGUGCUGGCCGUUCCAUCUUGAGGACGUCGGAGGUUUUCGAUAUCGCGCAGGGGGGCUGGAGCCCAGCCCCGCACAUGGCCGAGGGCCGUGCGUGGGCAGUGGGCGCCGUGCUCGCGAGUACUGCAGGGUCAUGAUCGUUUGAACCCGGCUGCCUGCGGCAGGCCCCGCCAUCUCGGGGCACCGGGCGGUCUGCCACGCCUCAAGCGUGCCAGGGGUGGCACGGUGGCGGCUUUUGGAAGGCCCUCUUCAGGAAGCAUUGUACAUAGGAGAGCCAGACCGCAUGCGAUGCCGUUUGGUUGGUGAUAGUUACACGUGUACAGAUUCGCAUCACGGGUACGUCCGUGGUGAUGUUGGCUCGUCCGCACGGGCCAAGGUAGUUGCAAGGCUCUGUCGCGUCAAGCGAAGUUUCUAGACCGCGCAUCAAGUAUAGAGCCUAGGCCACGAAUUCAUGGUCGAGUUUGAAGCUGCGGCGCUGAAUUGUAAAGCAGCUGAUCCUCUCGAGAGGUCGGCUCUAUAAGUUCCAAUUUCGGUGUGCUCGAGAGGCCUGACCGAGUGCUUGAGGAGCAAUUUCUGCGAUAUUGAUUGGUCCUGCCACGCAUCACAGCUACGUUACGCAUUCCCUCGCUUCUCUUCCUCGUUCACGCGCGUGGCCGAGUCGAUCUUCAAUAUUGGAGCGCGGACUCGUUCUAUUGUGGCGCCCCACGGCGGUGGGCAUGUCUAGCUUUGACAAGAUGCGCGCCCAGCAUGAAUCGUCAG